AUGACCUCUGAAUCUUUUCGAAACAUGGCCUACAAGUUCCUUCUAGCCUCUCUGCCAUUUGCAGGCUCAGCUUUGUACCUUACGUAUCUACACAUAACCCUCUCCCGAAGCGUGCAAUGCCAAACAACGCCUUACCUACAAGACAAAUCGAUCGCUAUACCUGAUACAGUCCAGAAUAGCUCGGAAAACUACAUCAUUCACCAUGAGUGCACGCGCAAGAAAAUCUCCACAGUGGCUCUUGGAGCCUCCAAGCCAGAGAUGAUGGUGCUCUUUCUUCGACACACAAUGGCUACAUUUUCCAAGCGUCCUCCUGCGUGGGGUAUCUGGUACAUGAUCAAGGAUGCCAAAGACAGGAAUACGUUUAACUCAGCAUACAUUCGUUCUCUCCAGUUUGUUCUUGGAGACCGCGUCUGCGGAGUUUACGUGGUGACUUCUCGAGACAAAGAGCGUAUCACCCUGACUCUAGAUGCGCCUGGAAGUUAUAAAGGCCCACUAGUAGAGGGAAUGCUGGUGGUUGAAGUCAAAGAGGAGGGAGACCAAACUACUUUCAUCAACCAUACGGUUAUGUGGCGAGAGAAGGGAAAAGGGAACGCCGGGGUCUUGGAAGGGGUGGUUGGAAGGUGGAUGCAUGGGUUGAUGGUAAGAGGACUUAUCGAGAGCGGCGUACAGAAAUUGUCGGCAGAGAUUGAGGAGAAGAAGAGAUUAUGA